AUGUUUUGGAGGGGAAAUUUUGUCUUAGUGAGGGAGAUAAAUAAUCUCCUUAAAGAGGAGAAUGUAACAUUGACUCAAGUGUUGGAGGCGGAUAAUAUUCUUCAAGAAUGUAAGGCGGAUAAUAAAGCGCUUAUACUUUUCUUAACAAAACCAGAAAUACUAGGAGAGCUUGUGACCCUCAUUACAGAGGAGCCCCCUAAAAAUGUGGAUAUGACAUCACAAUACCGCCAUGCUCACAUUGCUAGUGAGGUCCUCACCAGCCAGCUUAUGAUGUUAAGUGACCGGCUAUCUAUGGAUGUGGUGCAGAUGAAUCGGCUUUGUGACUUUGUUAAUAAGGAUCCACCCUUAAAUCCCUUACUGGCAUCAUAUUUUAGUAAAACAAUUGAAAUGUUACUUGAGAAGAGUCCUAAACAGGACUGGUACCUCUACCACAUUGUGGUCCACCGCGUUUUGGAUUUCUUCAAGUCAAGACGUGAUUUCCUUCCGAAUCUUCUGCGACACAUUUCCACGUCAAGUAUUGCCGAUAUCUUUAAAUACUUUAUAAGGCUUGAUGAUCCUUUCAACAAAAUAGUUUUCGAGUGGUUAGAAGAGCACCAGUUCCUAGAGAGUCUCAUACAAAUAAUCUGUGGUACUUACGAGUAUGAAGAAAUACGGCCUGCAAACAUUACAGACGGAGCGGAAAGGUCGCCUGAACAAACUGAGAAAGGCCAGCAAGAGACUAGUGAGAAAGUUGAAUUGAACCAUAAACAGGAGGACAAAAAUGAGUCGAUGGACAAUGCGGCAGAAGAAGAAAAAUUAAGCCGCGAAAAAAGGCGUAUCGCGGAAGCGGGCCGUGCGUCUGCGAACGCAGCGGCUCUACUGUGUGACUUAUUGCUGGGGGCGUGUGAUCCCCCCGGGAAUAUACGCAGGGCGGCGACGGCGUGGCGGCUGGUGGCGCGGCUGCGCGGCGCGGCGACCGUGCGGCUGCUGCUGCAGGGCAUGUUCACGUCGCCGCCGGCGGCCCGCAGGCACGCCGUGGUCAACGGCUGCCAGCUGCUGCUCGCGCUGCUGCCGCACGACUCCUCGCCCUCGCCCUCGCCGUCAGUACCACACACAUUCAUACACUCUUGCCUCAAACCAACGACGCAUGUUCACGUCGCCGCCGGCGGCCCGCAGGCACGCCGUGGUCAACGGCUGCCAGCUGCUGCUCGCGCUGCUGCCGCACGACUCCUCGCCCUCGCCCUCGCCGUCAGUACCACACACAUUCAUACACUCUUGCCUCAAACCAACGACGCAUGUUCACGUCGCCGCCGGCGGCCCGCAGGCACGCCGUGGUCAACGGCUGCCAGCUGCUGCUCGCGCUGCUGCCGCACGACUCCUCGCCCUCGCCCUCGCCGUCAGUACCACACACAUUCAUACACUCUUGCCUCAAACCAACGACGCAUGUUCACGUCGCCGCCGGCGGCCCGCAGGCACGCCGUGGUCAACGGCUGCCAGCUGCUGCUCGCGCUGCUGCCGCACGACUCCUCGCCCUCGCCCUCGCCGUCAGUACCACACACAUUCAUACACUCUUGCCUCAAACCAACGACGCAUGUUCACGUCGCCGCCGGCGGCCCGCAGGCACGCCGUGGUCAACGGCUGCCAGCUGCUGCUCGCGCUGCUGCCGCACGACUCCUCGCCCUCGCCCUCGCCGUCAGUACCACACACAUUCAUACACUCUUGCCUCAAACCAACGACGCAUGUUCACGUCGCCGCCGGCGGCCCGCAGGCACGCCGUGGUCAACGGCUGCCAGCUGCUGCUCGCGCUGCUGCCGCACGACUCCUCGCCCUCGCCCUCGCCGUCAGUACCACACACAUUCAUACACUCUUGCCUCAAACCAACGACGCAUGUUCACGUCGCCGCCGGCGGCCCGCAGGCACGCCGUGGUCAACGGCUGCCAGCUGCUGCUCGCGCUGCUGCCGCACGACUCCUCGCCCUCGCCCUCGCCGUCAGUACCACACACAUUCAUACACUCUUGCCUCAAACCAACGACGCAUGUUCACGUCGCCGCCGGCGGCCCGCAGGCACGCCGUGGUCAACGGCUGCCAGCUGCUGCUCGCGCUGCUGCCGCACGACUCCUCGCCCUCGCCCUCGCCGUCAGUACCACACACAUUCAUACACUCUUGCCUCAAACCAACGACGCAUGUUCACGUCGCCGCCGGCGGCCCGCAGGCACGCCGUGGUCAACGGCUGCCAGCUGCUGCUCGCGCUGCUGCCGCACGACUCCUCGCCCUCGCCCUCGCCGUCAGUACCACACACAUUCAUACACUCUUGCCUCAAACCAACGACGCAUGUUCACGUCGCCGCCGGCGGCCCGCAGGCACGCCGUGGUCAACGGCUGCCAGCUGCUGCUCGCGCUGCUGCCGCACGACUCCUCGCCCUCGCCCUCGCCGUCAGUACCACACACAUUCAUACACUCUUGCCUCAAACCAACGACGCAUGUUCACGUCGCCGCCGGCGGCCCGCAGGCACGCCGUGGUCAACGGCUGCCAGCUGCUGCUCGCGCUGCUGCCGCACGACUCCUCGCCCUCGCCCUCGCCGUCAGUACCACACACAUUCAUACACUCUUGCCUCAAACCAACGACGCAUGUUCACGUCGCCGCCGGCGGCCCGCAGGCACGCCGUGGUCAACGGCUGCCAGCUGCUGCUCGCGCUGCUGCCGCACGACUCCUCGCCCUCGCCCUCGCCGUCAGUACCACACACAUUCAUACACUCUUGCCUCAAACCAACGACGCAUGUUCACGUCGCCGCCGGCGGCCCGCAGGCACGCCGUGGUCAACGGCUGCCAGCUGCUGCUCGCGCUGCUGCCGCACGACUCCUCGCCCUCGCCCUCGCCUGGAAAUGACGGUGGAGGCGAAAGUUCAGAGGAGAGCGCGAGCGUGCAACGCGCCGUGGCACCACACCUGCCACUGCUGCACCAGGCGCUGCUGCGCCCGCCCACGCCACCGCCACCGGAGGCACUGGUGGCACCCGAGGCACCACCGGCAUCCGCGGCACCGGCAACUAACGUGGCACCGGUCACAUCCGUGGCAACGGAGAUACCCGUGGCAACGGAGACACCCGUGGCACAGGUGACACCCGUAGUACCGGAGGCACCCGCGGCACCACCGCCGCCAACGGCUCCCUCUACAGACGUCAAUAUGACAAGCAACGAAGAAGAGUCAAAAGACACAGAGGGCAAAGGGAAAAGUGAAGGUUUGGAGCUGGAAUCGAAGGAAGGCAGUGAAAGCGAACACAAAGCUGAUGCAGUACAGGAGAACAGCGUGGAGCACAGAGACGCAGGAGACGGAGCAGAGGAGCGGCGGGCGGGGCGCGUGGGCGCCGCGCGCGUGCACGUGGCGGCGCUCGUGGCGCAGCUCGCCUUCUCCGAGCUGCAGGACGUGCACAACGCCUUGCUUACCCUGGGAACACCAGGCGUGCUGAUAGACAUGUUCUUCGACUACCCGCAGAACAACUUCCUUCACACGCAGGUCUAUAUCCUCAUACACAACGCGCUCUCCAACAGGCUAUACGGUGAACGAUACGCCAGGCAUUUAAUAGAUGAAUGCAAUCUUUUAACGAGGCUGAUGGAUACUUUUGAAGCAAAUGAGAAUACAAAGGUGGGUGCGGGGUCCAUACGGCGCGGCAACAUGGGGCACGUGGUGCUGGCGCUGCGGCGGCUGGAGGGCUGUGCGCCCGCGGAGCCCGGCGCGGCGCAGCGCUGGCUCGCCUUCCGCGAGCACACGCUGCGCCCGCUGCUGCUGCGCCACGACACGCCGCUCGGCGGAUUUUAUCCUUCAGAUAACAUUUACGUGUACUCCGAGGCGUCCGGUGUCAACGAGUCAAUCACUGCGGUGCAGCUCUCCUGCGAUGAAAACUCACCAAACAGCAAAAAUAGUUUCCUGGAGCUAGCGGAUCAGCGGUUCGAUGACGACACUUGGGAUGAAAACAAUGAAGCGGAAGCAGAUAUAGAUGCAGAUGCAGGUAACGACGCACAGGAAGGGGCUCAGGAAGAGCCAAAUCUCGCUCGCAUCAAUGAAUAUUUCCAAGAGGUUUCCGGUGAGCUUGGUAUUAUUUGUUUUACAACAUUACAGCUACCGAGUUCACCCAAUAAUUGCCUCCGUGGAGGAUUUAACGCGUCGUGGGACGCGGCAGAAGACAACGCGACGGACGGCACGGAGUGGGCAAAUUUCGAGGACGCUUUCGCGAACCCCGCUGACCCUUUCGCCCCCGCCACUGAGCAAAGCCCCUUCCAGCAACAGGAUUUCACACCCUUCUGGGCCUACGGCGACCGCGCCGACGCCGAAGAUUCUAAGCGCCAAAGCGGCUUGGAGCAGUCCAUGCAAGGCAUGAACUUGGGUAACGAGUUCGAAGCGAAGCCAAUCGACGAGGCUUCGACGGCGGAGCUCACGAACAACUUGUUGACCGCCAUGAGCUCCAUGGCGCCUGACGUCAUCGCAGACAUCGUCAGCGCCAUGCCGCGAGCUGACGAGCCGCUCGCCGAAACGCUCGCCGAACAAUCCACCGAACAAUCCACCAACCCAGCAGAUCCCGAAUCAGCUGCCGACAGGUGA